UUUAGCAUGAAAAUUAAUUGAAUAAUGCUAUUUUUUGCAAAAAGGUCAGUUCUGAGAAAAUUGACAAAAACGUGUUGAAUUCCAAUACAUUUUCCAUUUAUUUAUGUCACAUAAAUUGGCUUUUUCUCUAAAACUAAACGGAAUAAUUCAAUCCAGAACAUUGCAUUUGAAAGGGAUACAUGUAUAUACUUUAAUGAAUUUUGAAGAAAAAAAAAAAAAGACCAUUUUGCACUUUUUAUGCCCAGUUUGUGAAGUGCAACCAAAAGUGGAAUGGGCAGAUUUAUGUGUGGUGGAUCUAGUGGCAAUGCACCCCCCACCACAGCCAGUUUGCAUUCUAAGGCAUUAUGGGAAUCUAAAUAAUGAUUCUCUAGUCGUCGUUUUUAAUACAUUAUUUUUAUUAUUUAUUUAUUCAUUAUUAAUUAUUUAUUAUUUUUAUUUAUUUAUUUUUAUCAGCUGCCAGAACCUUAGUAUGAGAGAUGAGCAAGAUAUAGCUGAGACAUAAGACAGGAUGCCCUAAGAAUGCCAAACUCCGGACCUCGUAGUACAGUAAAACUCGCCUAAACCGUCAUUGUAUAAACCGGAUACUCGCACUCACCGGACAAAAGCAAGUUCCAAUGCUUUUGUAUGAUUUUCCAUGUAAUAAACACUGUAUAUAACAGAUUUUGGAUAACGGAUUUUUGCUCACGUUGUACUAAAGUCCUGUACGAUCGCGAAGUAUUUAUUUAUUUUUUUCACUCUUUAUUUAUUGACCCCUCGCAUGUAUCGGACAGAGUAGUCUGGACGUGCUCAGUAACAGUUAGGAAAUGAAGUUCAGCGCUGACACUCGCCGAUUCAAAGAAAAUGGGCACUGUAUUUCCUUCAUCAAAUGCCCAAGAAUAAUUCAAGGCCGGCAAUUAUUAACAAAAUGGUGCUUGCUGCUCGUGCUGUAAUAUGGUGGUAAGGUUCACACAUAUGCCUGGGUGUGGUGAACCAAAGACAACCGCUUUAGAUCAGAGUCCUCUGCAUAGCUCUCAGGAGCCUGACAUGCACCUGCUAAACGACGGAGACCACAAAAGGCUGUGAUUUGUCACAUUUCCGGUUUCACUGCUUCCUCUCCUGCCAUAUUUGAAAAGAUUUUGCAGUGCGCACACCGAUUACAUUUCGAUCAUAUGCAUCAAAUACGUUUUGGAGAAAAGUCCGCAAAAAUACCUAAUUUUCUACUGAAAAACAAACCAAACCUGUGGUAGAAAUUUCAAAUAAUUAUUUCUAAUUGAGACUCAUUGACUUAGUGAGUCUGAGUGUGUACUUGAGAGACUUCAGAGCUGAGACAAAUAUUAGAUGUCUUUGGUACUUGGCCUCUGUGGAGGAUUCUUCGACACCACUGGAAUGACUUUGUGUCAAACAAAUGGUUACUUGGAGAGACUCAAAUGAGGUGUACCACAUGAAUUGCGAAGGGACGUCAGCUAUGAUUGGCUGUGUGGCUCGUUUCUCUGGGCAUGAUCCAGUGCGCAGGUGCGUCAGUGUUGAGGCCACCAUCAACCAGAAAAAGGCCAUAGAGACCUCCGUGUAUGACCUGGAUGUGACAGACAGAUGGCUGCUUUCCAGACAUUGGGAUGGACCAGCUGUCUGCUUGCUUUACCAUCCAGGCGUCAAGGCUGUGCUGUAAUAAGGUGGAUGAUGAAGCAAUACACAUCACCAGUGCAAGUUCUAGACUAUAUACAUCCCGAGGCCCUUUUGUACCGAUGCUUCAUGGGGAGUAACCUGCAAUGGAUUGGCAAAUUAUUUACCCAACGGCGGCUGGCUCCCAUUGUCAUUGCUGGGUAGCCUUGAACAAGGCAAAUUAACUGUCUUGUUCAAGGACACAGAUGGUAUCGUGACUGGGAAUCGAAUCCAGGUCUACAUAUUGGGGGGCUCAAUUCAAAUCAAUACUGAGCUACCUGCUCAAGCAUUUACCCUAACACUCAUUUUUGUCCAUUUUUAAUUGUUGAAAUGUCUAGUAAGCAUAAAAUUGGUCACAACUUGAUAAUCUACAUCUCAUUUACAAACGGAUUUUUCUGAGUGGGAAUAAAAAAAAGUUGUGAAAUAUAGGUGACAAGGACAUGAAAGAUGAGAUUGCUUCUCCAAGUGUCGCCAGGGGCAUGUGGAGUAUCCAUGGACUGUCUUUGGAGCUUUUUGAAGCUGCUGGAUGGACGGGUGGGUGUAUAGGGGUGACUGAGGUGGAAGGCUCACAACCCGCACACAUGGUCCACCAAUCAGCAGAGACUGCGGGGGGCAGAAAGCCGGUAGGUUACACUCUGACUGUGUUGCACGAGUCAGACCGGGCAAACACACAAACUUGUACUCUUUCUUCAGGAUUUCUGGAGUGGUUUCUCCUGAACCGGACGCAAAAAAGAUCAUCUGAUUGACCUUCAGAGCCCCCCGAAAGUAAAUGCGCACGUCUCGGGACAGAGAAAUGGCCAUACCACGGAUGUUCAACUCCAACACACCGUUUAUUAUUGUGACUGGAGGAUCUGAACUCUCAUUUCUUGGCAAAGAGGCCAGUCCAGGGUGUGAGGAUGGAAAAGAGACGCUGUUCCAAGCUAUUGCCCCCCACCUGAGCUGGGUGAUGCAGCAGGGCACUGCCAAGCCCGUGAACACACAGGACCAAAACGUCUGUGACGAGAAUCCUUCUGUCUCCAUCGUGGCACAAGCUGAGAGAGAAGACUUUCAGGAGUUCAGCCCUACCGUCACACAGCAACCUUACUCAAGAUCUCAGCUCCUUAAAAAACACAGAUGUUUUGCCAGAGAACCUGCACUGUUAAGUGACUCAGAAGAUGAUGACUCUGCCGAGGUUGAUGAGCUCUCACAGCACCACCUUCAGUGGAAACCCCGCAGGAAAACCAGAACAACAAGAUGCAAUCGAGACGAUGGAGAAGAACGCCCAGUCAUCCGGGGGCUGUGGGUGCAGGAGAUUGAUUGGUUUACAUCGGUGGACGCAGCAGUGACAUCAUCCUCUAAGAUCACACCUCCUCCUCAGUUUAGAGACGUGACCCCGCACACCUGCAGCCGUGGAGGCUGUAGUCUGAGGGCGGAGCCUUACUCUAACUUAAGUGACGGAGGAGUGUCGGCGUCUUGUUGUAUCAGGGGAUUUGAUGACGUGGCACCAUUAGAGGGUCUUUACAGAGCAAUAAAUACCUCUGACUCAUCCAGCACUGAUGAUGGGGGAGGAUCAGACUCUGACUGUGGCCUGCAGGAGGACUCUGAAUCCGUUUGGACUCACGAAAGUGAAUCAGACUCAUGUUCCUGUGUAGGUGGAGAAUGUGACCCUGAAUACGCCCUGAAGAGGGGCUGCUGCAGCCGACGUGUUGCAGAUAGUUCCGGAGUUGAAGCCAGCAUGUCAGAGGGGACCUUUGAGCUGAUGGAUGUGUCUGGCUUUGACUACCCCACUUCACAGGCUGAGUGGGAUUCUGAUCCUAACUCCAGGUGGAGGCCUGUACCUGAUGAUGUCAGUAGUUACGUAGAGACAUCUGCUUGCACACAGCAGAGCCUCCUGGGAAAUUUAGACUCUACGUCUACCCCCAGCACUGAGUCUGGAUCACUAUGUAACUUUGAGGCCACACUCAGCAGCCUGAGAGGUAGAGUGACAGCGAUGCCGAAGAUCUUUGCUUCACCUUUCUUCAAAGAUAUCAUGAGACAGAUCGUCACCGAAAGGAACAUCAGCGCCCCUGCCAAUGAAGGCCUUGUGUUUCAUGAUCAACUCGUACCCACUGCGUGUCAGUACCGAGAGGGAGAGGAUUACUGCAUCGAUUACCACAUCCACAGUGGCUCCUACGGUGACGUGUUCUGUGUACGAGACAAAAAAACUGGAUUUAAAUGUGCGGCCAAGAAGAUUCCACUGAGUCACUUCAGCCGCGAGGAGCUGAGCACGUGGAGCGCUCUGGACUCUCCUCGAGUGGUGGAACUUUUUGGAGCUGUGAGGGAGGGACCCAACAUCGUGCUGUUCAUGGACCUGAAGCCAGCAUGUUUGGCCCAAUUGCUAAAAGAAAUGAACACCCUACCUGAAGAUUUGGCACUGCACUACCUGCAUCAGGCACUGGGGGCACUGGAACACCUGCAUUGUCGGCAGGUCCUUCACUUGGAUGUCAAAGUUGACAAUGUGCUGCUGUCUGCAGACUGCAGAGACACAUUCCUCUGUGACUUUGGUCUGUCUGAAAUGUUGGACCACAGUGGACAGAGCACCAAGACUUUCAGGAGACCUGCCUUUCCUGGCACAGAGACCCACAUGGCCCCUGAAGUGGCACGAGGAGAUAAGAUCUGUGCCAAAGCCGACGUGUGGAGCAGCUGUUGCAUGCUGUUGCACAUGCUCAACGGAUGUCCACCCUGGACGCGCUACUACUCCCAUCCGCUGUGUCUGCAGAUUGCCACCGAGCCUCCACCUUUGUGGGAGGUGCCCUCCAACUGUAACAACUUCACAGCCAAAGUGUUCAGGGCUGGUCUGCAGAAGGUCCCCGAUAAACGAGCCUCGGCCAAGCAGCUCAGGAGGGAAACCACGAAGGCGCUCAGAGCAGUUGGAGGUCUGAAUCUCUCGUCUGUCAGGAGUGCCUGUGAGAAACUGUAUCAUGGUACGAAUCGGAGUGAAGACGACUCGUGCACUUCAUCCAGCGCAAGUCCCAUUACCUCAGUUAAACCGUCCACUGCUCCUUCAGUGCCCACAAUGCAGUGGGUGAGCCCCUGGAGAACGAGGGCAGUGAAUGAGGACAGUAGCGGCUGGGAUGGUUGUGAGUCAGAAUUGGACCAAAGCUGUCAAAUGGACAGAGAUUUUCUGACUAAGGAAUUUGAAUCCCAGCCAAAGUCACUGCGUGAUGUGACAGAUGAGCAAUUCUGGGAAACGGGGUGCGAUUCCGAAAUUGAUAUCUACGUGGGAGAGGAGGAAUAUAAUCAGAGGAAGUGGUUGAAAAAUGACAAGGACUAUGAGGGUGAUUGGGAAGAAGAUGAAGAGGAAGACUGGGACUCUUCCGUGUCCACAGAGUAUUUCCAUGCUCUCAGAGGCCUUUUCCCUUUACUGCAAAAAGGUCAAGUGACAACUUUCAAUUCAUGGGGAUCUGAAAAAGAACUGGAAUAUCUCAGAGAUGGUGACGUUGUGUACAACGCAGUCCCCUCCCCUGAGCCCCGGGAAAACCCUCCAUCCUGUUUCAGCUGCUCAGAGGCUUCACAGGUUGAUGCCUCAGAAAAGGACUCGGACAGUUCUUCUGAUGACCUCAGCUCUGGAGUCUUUUCCUCCUGUAACAGUCAGGCAGACGGCCACGUGGAAUGGGUGACCUUGGCAAAGCAGCCCUUCUGUUUGGAAGGUGUUGACAUCUGGAUCGAGAAUGUUCAGGGGGAGUGUCUGAGGAUUCGGGAACAACGGCAGGUCAAAGUCGGACAUGUUGCUGUAGGUAUUAGUGAUCAGAUCUCACGGAAAGUGUUCACUUUGGAGACACUGGACAGAAAGUUGGUGUCUUUUGAUCAAGAGAUCCAAGAUUCCUGCCUAUGGUUCCGUUGUGUCCCAGCCCCAGACAGAUGCCAGCGCUGGAGGUGGAGGGUCAGGGAUGGGAAGCUGGAACUGCGAGAGUUGGACUGAAUCUAUUAGUUUAUAGGAAACUGAGCAGAGUUUUCCUUAUUUGUUCUGAAUCUGUGUGGUUGGUCAAAAUAUUACACCGGUAAAUAUUUGUCAUAUUGCUGUCAUUAUGUUUCUGAGGUAAAUAUGGCAUUUUCAGUGAUGUCUGCAACAAGCAAUUAAUGAACUGCAUCAAGUAAUGUAAUAAAAUGUUUUUU